GGUAAGCUUUUCGUUGCAAAUUUUUUCGGAUUUCUAAUUCCGAGCAGAAGUCAUAAAUAAAGAGAAAGCAUACUUAAUUUAUAUUAAUUAUCAAAUUACUCCAACAUUUCGCAAACACACAUACACAUCUCUGUCCACUCGGAUGGAUCAUUUCGAUCGAUAUUCUUUAAGUUUCUUUUAAAUGCGUUAUAGUGUGCUGAGCAAAAUAAUAGCGAAUAUAAUUAAAGAUUGGAAGGAGUGCGACGUUUGUGAUGAGUGCACAAUGACUAGGAUGGCAUACAUCUCUCGUCGGUUCUCCAACUUUAUAAUCGCCUUGUACGCGAUCUCGGUAUUCUUGUACGCAACCGGUACUUUGAUGAAGUAUAAAAGUAACAAUCAAACUGACACGCGAGAGCUCAUCCUUAAGAUGGAAUUACCCUUUGAGAUCAAAAGCACGUCGGUACAUAUAGUUGUUCUUAUUACGCAGUUUGUUCAUCAGACGAGUGCAGCUAGUAUGGUGGGCGUGAUAAAUUCCUUGCUAUUAACGUCAAUAAUCCACAUCUGCGGUCAAAUCGACAUUCUUCGAGAAUGGCUGGCAAAUAUCUUUUCCAAAAAGAUGGCAGGUUCGAUGGAUGAAAUCACGAUGCGAUCAUUGAUCAUAAAACAUCAACGUAUUAUUAUAUUUGCGGAAAAUAUCGAGAAUCUUUACACGUACAUCGCAUUAAUGAUGCUCUUAUCAGACACACUCAUCAUAUGCUGCUUAGGAUUUAUUAUUGUUACAUCACUCGACACGCCUAAUGCCGCAGCGAUAUUGGUGAAGUCCGUGUUAUUUUACAUAACAAUAAAUCUUGAAGCAUUUAUAUACUGUUUUUCCGGCGAAUAUCUGAGCGCUAAGAGCAAGAUGAUUGGAAAUGCGGCAUACGAUUCUCUUUGGUAUAAUUUUCCAGCCAAACAAAGUAGAAUUGUACUGUUUCUCAUUGUGAGAUCCCAGAAAAGAUUGACAAUUACUAGCGGAAAAAUCGUAGAUCUUUCUUUGGAGCAAUUUACUAGUGUAAUAAAAGCAUCAUUAUCGUAUAUAUCGGUGUUAUUGGCGAUGUACUAA